UGUUCCAGGGGCGGGAAGGAAACGCUGGUUUCACAGUGGAGCAGAAAAGCGCCGCCAGCAGCAAGCAGCCUUCUGGACCGGACCUUUAAUAAUAAAACUGCGAAGAGCUGUGUUACUUUUCUGACUGCUGAAACAAUCUGAAAGACUCGUCUCAUCAUGUUCACAGAGGUCCUACUUGCUCUGGUGAUUGGUGGACUGAUCUACUUCCUGGUUCAGAGGAGUAAGAAUCAGGUCCUAACAACAGAGGAUGGCUGGUGGGGUUCUGGAGCACCCUGUGAUGCUGGGGAGGAUGACACCAUCCGCUCCUUCAGGGUAACCACCAGCGAUCAAGAGCUGGAGGACCUCUACAGGAGGAUUGAUCUGACUCGUCCUUUUCCCUCGCUGGAAGACAGCCAGUUUAAUUAUGGCUUCAACUCGCAGUACCUGCAGAAGGUGGUCUCUUACUGGAGAAAUGAGUUUGACUGGAGGAAGCAGGUCGACAAGCUCAACCUGUACCCUCACUUCAAAACCAAGAUUGAGGGCAUUGAUAUCCAUUACCUGCAUGUGAAACCCAAAAAGGUGCCAGAAGGGACGAGUGCUGUUCCACUGAUUAUGGUCCAUGGCUGGCCUGGCUCCUUCUAUGAGUUCUAUGGAUUGAUCCCUAUGCUCACAGACCCGUCAAACCCACACGACCUUGUGUUUGAGGUGGUGUGUCCCUCCAUUCCAGGGUAUGGCUUCUCUGAAGCACCAAAUAAGAAAGGUUUUAAUUCGGUCUGUGUGGCUCGUAUCUUCCACAAACUGAUGAAGCGUCUGGGUUUCCAGCAGUACUACGCUCACGGUGGAGACUGGGGCUGGCUGGUCACCACCAACAUGGCUCAGCUGGAACCCAAAACUGUCAAAGGCUUGCAUUUGAACUUUGCCCCGCCCUCCAAGCCAGGGCUGUCCAUGGCUUUGUCCAUGAUGCUUGGCCGGCACUUCCCUAAGUUGUUUGGCUUCACUGACUUUGAUAUUCAGCGAUUAUUUCCCUGCAUGGAGAAACUGGUGGUAGAAUCCAUUAAAGAGACUGGCUACAUGCACAUCCAGGCCACCAAGCCUGACACUGUGGGUCGAGGGCUGAAUGACUCUCCAGUGGGUCUAGCUGCCUAUAUUCUGGAGAAGUUCUCUACGUGGACGAGCCAUGAUUUCAGGAACCUGGACGAUGGAGGACUCACACGGAAGUUCUCUCUGGAUGACCUGCUGACAAACAUCAUGAUCUAUUGGACCUCUGGCUGCAUUAUCUCCUCCAUGAGGUUCUACAAGGAAAACUUUGGCCAAGGUCUUGAUGCUCCACAUGCAAAGAUACCAGUCUUUGUCCCCACGGGCUUCGCCUGUUUCCCCAACGAGUUGAUGCACACGCCCAAGCUGUGGGUCAAACAGAAAUACUGUAAACUUGUGACCUUUACUCCCAUGGACCGCGGUGGUCAUUUUGCUGCUAUGGAAGAGCCCCAACUGAUGGCAGAGGACAUCCAGAAGUUCACAAAGAUUGUGGAAGGGAAGGUGAAAGAGUAGAGGGUGGACUAACAAAUACAGAUAUAUGAACAGACAUCACCUGGGACAAAGUUCUGAGCAGUAAGUGGACAUAGACUCUGAUUCUAGAUGAAGUAAGCUUUGUAUUUCUUAUCUGCAGUGGAUUCUGUAAGAUAUCAUAGCUCUCUAAGUGGCACUAUGAUAAAGUCAUAUGCAGUGUUAAUGGUGAAAUAAAGAGUGGUGACUGUAAUUGAAAGUCUGUUGAGAGGUUGGGUUACUAUGAAAAUAUAAAAAUUACAGCUUGUUUUCAAUCUACUGUUUAGAAUUUGAGGCUACACCUUUCAUUCUUAAACUUGCAGUUUAUUUUUAUGAAAUUUAUGUAAAAGUUGGACGUAGUCUCUGGUGAAAACUGGAGCUUAAACCAGCAUUCUUGCUAAAGGCCAGCAGGGGUUGGCAAAUCUGAUUAGAGAAAUGAUCCUGUUUGUAUAGUAGUCUAUGGAACAACCGCACAGCUCCUCACUUGAUCUGAGCCCUCAGUAAAAACUUUACUGAUGGGCUUUUGAUGUCAACUGAUGGUUUCAUGUCUUGUUAAAUAUAAAAUGAUACCAUCUUUGCAUUCUUUUUGAUCUACUUGGAGUAAAGUAGGUAACAAAACAAGGUAAAGUCGCACAGCUGCAGUUAUGAUUGUGCAGUCUCUCAGUUUCUCAGUCAGAUUUACCCUCCCCCAUGAUGUCUGGUUUCAAAACAUCAAGAUGGCAAUAGUUACGAGGUUGAAGUCAAGGUUUAAAAUAGCUACAAAGUAGUGGGUGAUGUCACAGUGGUUGGAUCCAUCUUUUAUGUCUGUGAAGGUUCUCAGUCGUCCAGGUCAUCGUAGUCUAAGGAGCUUGGAAAGAAAAGCGUCUGGACUCCAUCUUUUAUGUUCAGUCUAUUUUAAAAAACACAACCUUUCUGGAAGUUCCCGCUCCAUGAAUCCAGGGGUCCGUUCACUAGUUUCUAACUUCCUUACAGCAUCUCUCAGCCUCGUAGUUGUGAGAACAGUUUCUAAGCAGCUGCAGAUGGGAGGUUAGGGGGCACAUGGCGGGAUUGUGUUGACAGCAUAAACAAGGUGCCAGGCAUUCCUCUGACUGAUAGCAUGAAACCUCUCCACUUAAGCCACAACAAUAAUAACAUUUGAUUGCCUUAAAGCUUCAGGUUAUGUUUUAAUUUUUUUUUUCAGAGUAAUUUAAAACUAACUUGGAAGUUGAAAAGCUUUGAAGUCAGACGUCUGUUGAAACAUUCCACAACUUCUUAUGCAGAUGAUCCUUUACUGCCUUGGAGUUACUUGCCAGGGUCUGUAACGUGCAUCAGAUUUACAUCUUGUGUCAGUUAGCUUUUGAUUGGCUGCAGUUUACCCCGCCUUGAUGUUGGUGCAAGUUAAUUUAAAAUAUAUAUUUUACUAUCAUGACUAGAAAUUCCUCAUUCGAGGCCUAACAAUACAGUGACAGUGCUGCAAAACAAGUUAAAUCACAAUCAGAGCUGAUGAUGUCUCUUUAAGAGUUUACUUGUGUAUCUGCUGUUGCCUUUAAAAGUCAUUAAAGAUUUCAAAUUCAGAACUGUAAGCUGCAAUUUUGUGUAUAUUGCCUUUCCAAAAUCACCAGACUGACCUCUGGCUCCAUUUUAAACCCAAUAAAACUGACGCUUCUUUAAAUCUCUGUAUUUCAGUUUCAGUUUUUGACACUCUGACACAGCUCCACUGCUAAAGACUCGUUUUGAGAAGUAUGUGUAAACUUUACUGUGUGUUUGCAUGUUUCUGACGUUUCUUCUGUGUAGAAAUGUAAGAAAGCCACAGAUCCAAACUGGUUCCCACUCAUUUUGCAGUUGGAUUCUGUAAUUCAGACGAUGUUUAAAAUGUCCCACAUGUCUACACAGUCUAGACGUGUGAUAAUUCAAGUUGUGAUUUGAAAUGGUAGCUAAUGGGAGUGUUGUUACAUUACCACUUUGUCCAAAAUUAACUUUAUUGUAAUUGUGCAUAAGAUUUUAUUACUUUGUUACAAGUUGGAGUGCCUUUGAAAAGCUGUUAUUCGUGGCGGUCUUUGGUUAAGAUGUGAAGCCUGAAAACUGCAACCUGGGAUCAAAUAUUUGAAAUUUUGCAAACAAACUCAAAAGGUAUGACUCUAGAUAUAAGACUAAAUUAUAUAUUUAGUUGUCAACAAUGGAAUACAAGUAGCCUAGAUUGUUUUUUUGUUUUAUUCCAAAUCUGUGCUUUUUGGCUAAAGCUGAGCUUCAUUGUUUGUUGUAAUUAUAAUUGUGUUCUUCAGUAAGCAACCCAAGUCCAAAUGUCUUUGGCUCUAGUGGAAUUUUUUAUUCAUAAGUCACUCUGACCUCUGCAGAAAAUAUUUUAAUCUUUCUGUCCUGCCAAACGGUGUUCCUCCAGACUCUUUGCAUGAGUUUGUGUGUCCGGUAUAUUUCUUUGUAUUAAAACGUUUUAUCGUAGUUAUAGUGUGUUUGUUUGAGGCCUGUAUUCACCAGCUUGAGUGAGUUUCAGCAGAAAGAAACUUUUCAUUCCCAUCACAUCGAUUUUUAAUGUAAACUCUGAUCAGAUUAAGUAAUUCUUAUGUAAUCCGCUUUCCUAAACAGUCUUUUGUGUUUGUGGGAUCUAAUAAGUGAAUUAUGCGGAUGUGCUUGUCCAGCUUUGCGUUAUUAAAAAGCUUAUCCGGUUCUGAGUUUCAGUAAUCCAGAUAAGGGCUAAAAUGCUC